AUGGCUGCCACGGCUCUUCUCCGAUCGAUUCGCCGACGCGACGUCGUCUCUGCGCCUCUUUCCGUCUACAAAUCUCUUGCUGGUAAUGCUCAACCUUCAUUGGGAAGCUCCUACACCGGUCAAAACUAUGCAAAUUUGCUUAGAACCUUCGGGUCGAAACCUGUUGUGAAUGACAUUCUUGGUACUGGUUUUGGCACAAACAAUGCCAGUAAGGAGGAGAAAGAGCAUUCAAAAUCUGUCGCUCAAUCUUUCCGAGCUCUUGGUUUGGGGACAUCGAGACAAAUGUUCUCUACAAUCUCAGGGGAUAUAAGGACGACGACGACGCAGGAGGAGAAAACCAAAAGCUUUCGUCCUCUAUCUCCUCACCUUCCUGUUUACCAGCCUCAGAUGAACUCCAUGCUAUCGAUCUUCAACAGAAUCUCGGGGGUUUACUUGACCGGAGUCUUUUUCGGCGGCUAUCUUCUCUACCUGAAAAUGGGUAUGAUCUGCCUCACCUACCCAAGUUUCUACCAAGUUCUUUUCCAUGUGCAGCAGCAACUUCCGGUCAUCACCUCGGUUACUGCAUUAGCCGCGCUUUACCACACUAUCAAGAGCACUCACUCGCUCUUGACCCAUUGA